AAAAAAAGGCAGGUUGAACACUUUGCUAUAAAAGCUCGACAUUCGCUUAUGCCACCAAGCAGGCGCUCGCAUUCCACACGCAAGGGUCAAGCAACAUCUCCAACAUGGUUCAGAGGGUGGCAGUGAUCGGGGCCGGACCAUCUGGUCUGACCAGCAUGAAGGCCUGUCUGGAUGAGGGCAUGGUGCCAACCUGCUUCGAAAGCAGUGAUGACAUGGGUGGGCUGUGGAAGUUCAAGGAGGUCUCCGAGCCCAACAGAGCCAGCAUCUACCGCUCCCUCACCAUCAACAUCUCCAAAGAGAUGAUGUGCUACAGUGACUUCCCGAUCCCUGCUGAUUAUCCAAACUACAUGCACCACUCAAAAAUCCUAACGUACUUCAGGAUGUACGCUGAACACUUCAAACUGCUGGAGCACAUUCGAUUCCAGACAUCUGUGAAGCGAGUCGUGCAAAGGCCAGAUUUUACUCGCACUGGACAGUGGGAAAUUGUGACCGAGAACAGAGAUGGACAAGAGGAAAGGCAUGUUUUUGAUGCAGUCAUCUGCUGCUCCGGUCACUACACCUAUCCAAACCUGCCACUCAAGGACUUCCCAGGAAUCGAGACAUUUGAAGGUAAAUACCUCCACAGUUGGGACUACAAGGGACCUGAGGACAUGCAUGGGAAACGUGUGGUGGUCAUCGGCAUUGGAAACUCAGGGGGUGACAUUGCUGUGGAAACCAGCAGGGUUGCAGAUCAGGUGUACCUGAGCACCCGGCGUGGAGCCUGGGUCAUCCGCCAGGUCUCUGACAACGGCCUGCCAGUGGACAUGAAGUACAACACCCGAUUUGUACACAUCUUGUUCCAGCUGUUUCCAAUGGUGUUCUUCAACUGGUUUGGAGAAAAUAAACUGAAUGCCAUGUACGACCACACCAUGUAUGCUCUCAAACCAAAGCACAGGCUCUUCAGUCAGAUCCCUGUGAUCAACGACGACCUGCCAAUGAAGAUCCUGUCCGGGUCUGUCGUUGUCAAACCCAAUGUGAAAGAGAUCCGAGGCUCCACUGUGGUGUUUGACGAUGGCACCAUCGUGGAAAAGGUGGACACUUUGGUUUUUCCCACGGGCUACAACUAUGACUUCCCCUACCUGCCGAAAGACGCCAUGUACAAGACUGGCCACCGAGUGGGUCUGUACAAGCACGUGUUCCCCCCAAACAUGGAGCAUCCCACUCUGGCCGUGGUUGGAUUCAUCCAUGCCCUCGGCGCCAUCAUGCCUCAGGCAGAAAUGCAAGCCCGCUGGGUGUCACUGGUCUUCAAAGGUCUGAAGAAGUUGCCCUCAAACAGCGCCAUGAUCAAGGCUGUGGAACACGACACCAAAGACAUCGAGAAUCACUAUAUCGUGUCAAAGCUGACCCCUCUGCAAGUGGACUUUGUUUCCUACAUGGAUGAGCUUGCUGGAGAGAUCGGUGCGCGUCCCAGCCUGCCCUGGCUCUUCUUCACCGACUACCAGCUGUUCAAGAGAGUUCUGUGGGGACCCGUAACAGCAUACCAGUACCGCUUGAUGGGACCUGGGAAAUGGGACGGCGCCCGCAGAGCCAUCUUCACCCAGUUUGACCGCAUGUACCAGGCACUGAAGACAAGAAAGGUGGAAGAAGAAAAGCCAUCUCUGACAGGUCGCCUGAUCAAGCUCAGUCUGACCACCAUGCUGGGAGGAGCUGGAGUUUACUACAUUCAUGUAAAGAACCCAAAUCUCUUGACCAAUGUCAUGUCCAACCUCCGUACACUGACUGCCUGAGACUGUCGGACACCACAGUGGCUUUGUUUCAUAAAUACCUCUCAGCUGUCAAAAUGCCAGUUUAACUUAAAAAAAAAUAUCUAUAUAUAUUUGAAUUGCAGCAGGAAAUACUUAAAAUGUAAAGAGCAACUGCAACACCACGUUGUUACAAGUUAUGUCAAUGAAUAAAAUUGCACCUUAAAAUGUGA